AUGGCCCCCAAGAUCGCAAUUGUCUACUACUCGAUGUACGGGCACAUCAAGCAGCUCGCCGAGGCUGAGAAGAAGGGAAUCGAGGCUGCUGGCGGCUCCGCAGACAUCUUCCAGAUCCCCGAGACCCUGCCCCAGGAGGUGCUGACCAAGAUGCACGCCCCCGCCAAGCCCACCGACAUCAAGGUGCUGGAGAGCCCCGCGACGCUCGCCGAGUACGACGGCUUCCUGCUCGGCAUCCCGACCCGGUUCGGCAACUUCCCCGCCCAGUGGAAGGCCUUCUGGGACCAGACCGGCGGCCAGUGGCAGACCGGCGGCUUCCACGGCAAGAUGGCCGGCGUCUUCAUCUCCACCGCCUCCCCCGGCGGCGGCCAGGAGUCCACCGCCCUCGCCACCAUGUCCACCUUCGCCCACCACGGCAUCAUCUACGUGCCCCUGGGCUACGCCAACACCUUUGGCCAGCUGACCAACCUCUCCGAGGUCCACGGCGGCAGCCCCUGGGGCGCCGGCACCUUCGCCGCCGGCGACGGAUCCCGCCAGCCCAGCCCCCUGGAGCUCGAGAUCGCCGGCCUCCAGGGCAAGCACUUCUACGAGACCGUCGCCAAGUUCUCGGGUUGA